AUUUAAGUAUACUUUGUACCUGAAUGUUUACGGUUGUAUCAUGUUUUGGCAAAGUAUUUUGAUAAAUAUUGUGAUUUUACAAAUUUCUCUGGCGAAACUUGAUGAAGAGCUCAUAGUACAGUUAACUCCUGGGAAAAUAAGAGGACAUGUUCUACAAAGUUACGAAGGGCGUGAAUAUUAUGGCUUUCAAGAAAUUCCCUAUGCCACACCACCCGUUGGAAAAAAUAGAUUACAGCUUCCCAAAGAGCCUGAACCUUGGGAUGGUAUUUUAGACACAACGAAAAAUACAAAAGUUUGUAUGCAAAAGAACAAGUACUCCAUUAAUAAAACGGAAGAUUGUUUAUAUUUAAAUGUUUAUUCUCCCGUGAAACCUGGAACCCAAAACCGUUUACCUGUUUUGUUUUGGAUACAUGGUGGAGGAUUGAACUGGGGAUCUGGAACGUAUAAUGAUUAUGGCCCAAAAUACAUUAUGGACUACGGACUCGUUGUUGUAGCCAUAAAUUACCGAUUAAAUGCAUUUGGAUGGGCCUCAAUUGAUGACGAUGUUAUUCCUGCUAACUUGGGAUUAAAGGAUACUAGACUAGCUUUGAAAUGGGUUAAGAAACAUAUUGCUCUGUUUGGUGGAAAUCCAGAUCAUGUUGUUAUUGCUGGAGAAAGUUCUGGAUCAGCACUUGUAGGUCUUUUAGUCAUGGGAGAUUGGCAAGGAGAACCAGAGCUAUUUCAUGGUGCAAUACAAGAAAGUGGUACGAUGAUCGGUGGUACCAUUCAAUGGACUCCAAAGGAAAAUAUAAUGACUAUAGUAAAACAUUUAGAUCCAACCUUUACAUCGGAGAAAUCUGAGGAUAUUUUGGAACUGGUACAAAAAGCUGAGCCUGAAGAUCUGUUAAAGGCUGUAGCUGGUAUCAAAUUACAGAAUGUUAUAGAAAAAUCUGGCCACUUCUCUCUUUUACCUUUACAAACUUUCAUGGAUGGCAAUAUUAAAAAAGUGCCUAUGUUGAUCGGAUGGAAUUCAGAAGAAUAUAUCACUUUAGCUACCAAUCGUGAUAACAAAGAAUUACUAGAAGGCAUAGAUAGUGAUCCUAGUCAACUAAUCCACCCCAAUGUAAACAUGUCACCUAAAAAUAGAACGAUAGCUGGCAAAUUAUUUAAAAAGGUAUAUACUAAUACGUCAUUUGUAGAGGAUUUCGCAGCUUAUAUAAGAUGGAGCAGCGAUCAACCAUUUGGCACUCCAACGGGAAAACAAAUCGAACUAGGAUCUGUUAUUGCACCAUAUUACGUAUACCAAUUUUCUUAUAAAGGGGAAUUAGGUGGAAUGAUGGAUGAUAAAUACAUUGUGCCUGGUGCUGAACGAGUUGCUCAUAUGGAAGACUUACACUAUUGGUGGCAAUUUAGAAAUAACGAGGAUUUAUCCAAGUUUCCUAAAAAUGAUCAAUUUAUGAUGAAGCGGUUUUUGACGUUGUGGACCAACUUUAUUAAAUAUUUAAAUCCUACACCUAGUCCAGAUCCACUUUUAGAAAAUAUCGUAUGGCCAAAAUCAAAUCCAGAAAAUUUGACAUAUUUAAAUAUAAAUUCGACACUUGAAGUUCGAUCAAACCCAAGAGUAUACAGAUAUGUUAAACCUAUCAUUGAGAAGUACAUGGAGGAGCCGUUCGCUCAGUUUGGUUAAAUUUUAACUAUCUAGUUUUCAAAUUCUGUAGUUUUAAUAAACACUAAUUUAAUAAAGGCACUA